CAAAUAUGAUGCACAUGUCACCAUCGAGAAUUCUUAUAAUGUCGAAUAUUGGUUGUCGGUUAUCAAGGAAACUUCAUUGUAAUCCAAUUAUGUGCAUAGACAUAAAAUGGAGAGAGGAAAAUAAAUUACCUAUUAAUCCAAAUUCUUUUGGCCCUUUAACUAAUCUGCCGGAUUAUUCAUUCAGCGAUGGUAGAGUUGUUCCAUACAGUACAAGGCAAAAAAAUCGAAUAGAUAAACAACGAGAACUACUUAUAAAAAUGAAGCAAAUGAUUAGUGAAAUUGACUUUGCAGUUGUAAGACACGAGCAACUUAAACUGAAAGCUGAGCAAGAGAAACAGAAAAUUAUAAGUGCUAAAUUGAAAAAGAAGAAUAUCAAAUUUCUUGAUUUACCACCUAAAGUGUUAAAUGUUAAUAGCGUCAUUACAAAUAAUGAAUCUAAAGAAGCUAAAGAGAAUUAACAAAUAUACUGCAAUGAAAUAAUUUU